GUCGGGGUCUGGCGGCGUAGGAAAAAGCUUCGUGACCAAUUUAAUCAUCAACCUUUUGCGAAGACAUCACGGACGUGCCUUUAGUAGAAAGGUGUGUAUCACGGCAAGCACAGGAAUCGCUAGCACGCACGUGGACGGAACGACUUUGCACGCGGCGACAGGCGUGGGCGUGCCCCGGUGUUGGGAUCAUUUCGGGCGCAUGUUCUACCAGGAUAAGGUGGUGGAGAGGCGGUGGAGCAGGCACUACGAGGUGUUGUUCGUGGAUGAAAUCUCCAUGCUGAGUGGAGAGAUGCUGGACGCAUUAAAUCGCAUCAUCCAAAAGCUGCGUAGGAGCAAGGAGCCUUUUGGAGGGCUGCAGGUAGUAUUUGUGGGGGACUUCGCCCAGCUGCCACCGGUCCCUGAGGACCCCAGCUACACCACCAGUGACUUUGUGAGGCGGCAAGACUGGGCCUUCGAAGGCCACGAAGAUUUUU